UCGGGGGCGGGGGGAGCGCUCCGAGGCGGCCCUGAAGGAUGCAAUGCAAAUGCAAGUUGUGCACUAAGAUUGAAGGGUCAAAGCGGUGCCACCGCCGUGUGCGGCUCCAGGAGAGGAAUUGUGGUUCAGUAAGUACAGUGCCACACAAUGCCUCGUACUCUUAGAUCAAGCAAGUUUCAAGAAUCAGAUAGUCCUCCAUAUCAGGAAUGUAAAAAUCUCCGAGCAGGAGUGAAAGGGAGACUUGUGCAUCUCUUUGAAACUGAGAGUAGAAAGAAAAUCUGGAAACUUCCUGUUGAUAAAAGUAAAGAUGCAUUUACUCCACGACAGCGGAUGGUUACACCACUGAUCUCCAAAGCACUUAAUCACCUGAUCUCCAAUGUUGAAAACCACCAUAAAGUACCAGAAAAACCUGUCAGUCCUAAUCUCGCAAUACUUAGAAUGACACCAGGUCAAUGUCUUCAACAGAAAAGAGAGAUUUUACAGGAAAAACAUCUGAAGGCCAAAUCUUCAGUGGAUAAGAUUCCUGUGGGAGGAGGGGUCAGUCUAUGGCCAGAGAUGGAUAAUAUGAGGCUGAGUAAAGGAGAAGUGGUCACCGUGACUUUAUUAUCUUUGCUGCUAUGUUUUUCAGUUUUCCUCUUGUUUAAAUACUUGCACGGGCCUCUGCUGUUGAGCCUCGAUCACUAUGCCAGGACAGUGAGGGCAUUCCAUGGGCACCAUCCAAUUAUAAGCCAGUCAGGAUCGGCACUCAACCAGUCACUCGUAAGGUGGCACAAGCAUUUCUGGAAGCUGAUGGAUGACAUCCAGAGGAACUUUGAAACAUCCUUGCACCGAGCUCAUGUGACCUAUAUUCUGUACGUAAUGAUGUACAUUGCUGGAAUAGGAAUGUUGCUUUACUACCUGGUGGACAACAUGAUUAAGAAAAGCAGACUUACUCCAAAGAGAACCAAAAUCUGGGUGACUCUCUUGAUGGUCACUUCAACCUGGACAUUUCUCAUGAUAAAGCUGCUGGUGGCUGCACAUCACUUGGAACGUGGAAUUGAGGGCACCGUAUACAGACUGAUAGAGGAACUGGCUGAACUAGCUACGAGUGGCCUGGACCUUCGCUCUUACCACAACAUUGUCACCUAUUGGCGAUUCCGAUGCCUUCCUCCAACAACCCGUGGAACUUUGUACAUCUUCGGCUUAGUAAAAGUCCACGAUGUCUCCUUUUAUUUUCAGUACUAUAGCCUGCCAAUCAUUACUGCACUGUGCACACCAGUCAUCAAGCUUUUACUGGCACUGAAGGACAUCUACAGCAGGCCACGAGUUUCUUGAACAAACGACUGUGCUUUUAACUUCUUCCAAAAUGAUUGUAUUACACUGCUAUUCUGAGUUUUAACUGUAAUCCACAUUACAUUUAGUGUAUGUAAUCUGCUUUACUCUUUGACCACGCCUACAGUCACCUUCCCCCUCCCCCUGGUUAGACCUCCGCCAUUGUUAAGCGCUCUGAGAUGCCACCCGGCAUGGAGGGCGCUCUAUAAAUGCAAGUUGUUGUUGUUUAACAACAAGCAACUCGAUUAACCUCCAUUGUGGUCAAUUCGAGAAUAGUCUUAUUCCUUGGGUUUAUCACUCAUUUGCUGGUCUCCAUAAAUAAAAAUGUAGCCUCGUCUAAAAAUAAGAUACCAAAAAAAAUGAUCUUCCAGGGCUAAAGUUUUACAUUAGUAUUUUGUGAUUCAAUAUCUUUAUACAAGAUUUUAAGCAAUAUUUUUCUUUGUAUAAACAGGCCAGUAAUUUGAAAUGAUUCCCACAUCUAAUUAUGAAAGAAAUCUUGCACAUCUUACUCAUGCAAAUGACAAUUUCUAUAUCGCCUUUGUGUGACAACUAUCUUGAAGUGCUGUAGAGAAUGGAAUUAACUAGAAAUAAAAGUUAUCUCGGUAAACAUGGCAGCUAAGUGUACCAGCAAUAUCCUAGUCACACUGUGAUACAUUGCCAAUUCCAGAAUCUUUUGGGGUAAGUUUGAAGGCGGGAACAUAAACCAAGAUGCCCAGGGGAAGAAAGCUCCACAAUUAUCUGCUCAAGAUAUAGCACACGCUCACAUUGCCAAGUUCAUUCAGAAAUUAUAGGAACAUAAAGCUCUCAUUCAGUGAAGUUCUUUCUCCUACAAACUUCAUAAAUGUAUCCUAUCAUGGGCUUUCCCCCCCAUACACACAUAGAACUGGAGUGCCAGUUUAAACUAUGGGUUCAAAAUCCUGAUGUGAAUCUUCUAACCUGGGGCCAAGCUUACAGUUCUGGCCUCCUUUCCUUCAUUUAUGCGAUUGACCAGACAAGUCUAUCACAGCUGUUUUGGCUCACACUGCAAUCCAUUUCUGAGGAAUACUGCAUUGUCAAGUGCAAUCUUCUGGCUAACAAUCCUCCAGAUAAAAUUGAUCGUUCACUUCAUUGCAGCUUGUGGAACUUUGCUCUGUGCAAGUCGGCUACUGCAUUUGCUUAAAUAAUAGUUUCAACAACUUAUUAUUAUAGAAAACUCAUGAUUCACUCAAACAUUUCCAUGUUGUGGAUACUAUAUAAAAUGUAAGGACUAUUAUAAAUAAAUAUGGCAGCUAGGAAGUUAACCAAAAAGCAGAAAAACUGAAACACAUGAAAUAAUUUCCCAACACAUGGCCAACAAUCCCUCAGCUUGUAAUUGUCUUUUCUGUUUCAAAUGUAAAGCUCUGAGUAAUAUCUGUGGAAAAAAAACUGUCAAUGGUGGAUGUUUCUGGGGAUUCUACUUCUAGUAAUAAUUGCAAUAUUAACAUUUAUUUGUGUUCUUGUUGGCUUUUGGUUAUUUUAGUCUUGAUUUUGUGCAAUUCCCUUCAUUUGAUUAAUCCAUAGGUUUGAGUAAUAAUUCCAGUCAUGUGACGGGAAUUGGUAUUAUGUGGUUCAAUUUUUCAGCCGUCACUGAAAAGAUUUCUGAUACUGAGCUGUGAAACACAGCCCACUACAUGUAAUGCUUGUAAUUUGCCUUUUGGCUUAUUAGUGUUGGAUCCUUGGCAUUAUUGUGUUGCUGCUAACUACGCCUCACCAGGAUCUCAGAAUCAAAGAGCUUUCUCCAGCAGCUGCCUUUUCAAAACUGGACACCUAAGUAAGGACAAGUGCUGUGCAUACACAUACUGCACAUUAUACUACAUCAAGCACUGUGGGACGCUACCCUACAUGAGGGUCCGUUAUAUAAAUACAAGUAGUUUUUAUAUUGUCUAAACAUCCCAUAAU